ACAAUAUGAGCCAUACAGUGCUGUAUUAGCCACCUAAUGCUGUAGUGUUCUUGUUCUUGAUCAUUGUCAAUCUCUCAAUAUGAUGGAUCCAAUUAGACGGUUGAGAACAAUUUUCACCCGUAGAAAGUUGGGAAUUAUCAGAGCAAUGUUUAUUUGCUUAUUAAUGAUGGUAAUUGUCACAUAUUUUGCAUUAAAUCGGGUUGAACGCAAAAAGAAGUCAGAUCUUGAUUUUUGGAACCUUCCUGAAAAUUCACAAUCUUCAGAGUAUAAUAUUGGAAGAAAUGAACAGCCACAAUGGAAACCUGAGUUUCUGGGUCAAGUGAACAUGCACAUUUUUGAAGACUGGUGUGGAGGAGCUGUGGAUCAACUACGGAAAAAUGAGAUGUUUCCUCUGUACCCGCAUUCACGCACUACAAUUAGAGGGCUUGCUGUCUAUCCUGGUUGGGAAAACUAUGGGCUGAGAAUCUUUGGAUACAUUCAUCCUGCAAUAAAUGGAGAAUAUGUGUUUGCCAUUGCCUCUGAUGAUAACUCAGAGUUCUGGUUGAGCUCGGAUGAAAGCACCAAAAAUCUCGAACUUUUGGCUUUUCUUGGCAAGACAGGAAAUGAAUGGGCUGCACCAGGGGAAUAUGAGAAAUUUGCAUCUCAGAUAUCCGAUCCUGUAAAGCUCUCAAAAAAGAAAAGAUAUUACUUUGAAAUCAUCUACAAGCAAAGUGAAGCAAUGGAUCAUGUGGAGCUUGCAUGGCGUCUCAACAAAGAGGAUAGCAAUUUUGAAGUAAUUACCUCAGAGUAUCUGUCACUCUACAGUGAUGAGUCUUCUCUACUGGACGUGGACAACCAGAUAAUCCCCCAAACAGUGGCCAGUAAAAAACUGACCCCUGACCCCAUCUAUAAACCUGACAUGGACAUGCUCAAAGAAGACAAACGAGAUACUGUGUACAAGCUGCCACUGUUGCAUAAUUCCUUUGUGGAUAAUGAAUUUCCUAAAUGUUCUUACUAUCCUAUUUACAUAUAUGACAACGAUACCAUUACGAGAUAUGAAGGCAUAAAUCAUGUUCGCUACUCGUCAGUGUACCCAAACGACUACACAAGGCUUGCUACUGAGGACAUUGAGGAACAGAAAUGCUUUUAUGUAAAGGAUGACACAGUUGAGCAGGGAGAGGGAUUUGGUCUAAUGCUAAAAUUUGAAAAAAAAGUAGAAGUAGAAGACGAAGCAGAAAUUGAUAAUAUGAUCAAGCCAAACUGGACGCAGAUCUUCAAUGUAAAGCCUGUGGACUUCCAUUCAAAGCAAAGUGAUUGGGUUGUCCAUACCUGUAAAAGAGCUGGAAAUAUCAUAAUGCCCCAGAAAGAGGUCAUGCCUAUCAUUAAAGCCUUCAGGUAUCAACUGAUGUCAACAUCAAACACCAGGGAACUGAUCAUAAAACAAGUGAUAAAUGUGGAGAAGAAAACAAAGGCUGGUGUGGGCAGUCGCUUCCUGCUAGAAGUAGAGAUGGAAGAUAAACAUGGGAGGAAUUUUCUGAUGUCUAAUUAUUUCUACACCACAAAGAACAAGAAAAAUCCAGAAUUACCUGCACUCUGCAGCCCAGAACACUUCUCCUGGGACCCAGAAGCAAAAGUCCAUGUUAUUCUGACAGUUAAAAACCAAGGAAAAUGGGUCAUUCAUUUCCUUCAAGAAAUGCAGAGGAUCUAUGAAGAAACAGGAGACAAAAAUUUCAAUAUCAUCAUUGUAGACUACAACAGCACUGAUAUUGAUGUAGAGAAGGAACUGCAAAAUGCAAAAUUACCAAGCUACCAGUUUAGGCUCCUGAAUGGACGUUUUGCUAAAUCACUGGGAAUUCAAUCUGGGAUUGAUCUUGUUCAAGAUGACAACAGUAUUUUGUUCAUGUGUGACCUACACAUCCACUUUCCUUCAUCAAUAAUAGAAAACGUGCGUAAACAUACUGUCCAGGGGAAAAUGGUGUUUGCUCCUGUUCUGAUGAGACUGGGAUGUGGAUCCACAUUACAUUCUCCCACAGGUUUCUGGGAAACUGAGGGCUAUGGACUGGUCGGGAUUUACAAAUCAGACAUGGACCGUAUUGGAGGCAUGAACAUUGAAGAAUUCAGUGAUAAGUGGGGAGGAGAAGACUGGGAGCUUCUGGACAGAAUUAUACUGCACAAGCUUGAGGUCGAGCGACUGCAUAUGAGGAAUUUUGCACACUUCUACCAUUCAAAACGGGGCAUGUGGAACAAGGAGUGAAGCUUGGACACUUGUUUCUUGUCUGGUUUAUGACAAUAGGCGAU